AUGUCAACAGAUCCGAAUGGACCGGUCUAUUACGAGGGAUUCUAUCAUCUCUUUUACCAGUACAACCCAAAGGGUGCCACAUGGGGGAACAUUGUCUGGGGCCAUUCCGUUUCGAAAGACUUAGUGAAUUGGGAAGUUCUCGAGCCGGCGAUCCAUCCCUCUAAGUGGUUCGACAUCAAAGGAACAUGGUCGGGUUCCAUAACAAUCGUACCAGGAAAAGGACCGGUCAUACUGUACACAGGACUCAACCACAACGGGACGCAGCUUCAAAACUACGCUCUCCCAAGAGACUCAUCAGACCCUUACCUUAGGGAGUGGGUCAAACCGGACGACAACCCCAUCGUCAUACCAGAUUAUACCAUGAAUGGCUCGGCAUUCCGCGACCCAACAACUGCUUGGUUCUCUAAAGACGGUCUCUGGAGGAUGAUUGUCGGGUCACAGCGAGACGAUGUCGGGAUUGCGUAUUUAUACAGAAGUCGGGACUUCAAGAAGUGGGUCAAGGGGAAACAUCCCAUACAUUCCAGAGUGUCGACAGGAAUGUGGGAGUGUCCUGACCUCUUCCCGGUUUCCUUGACACAGGGGUUGGAGUCGGAUGACAUCGGUUCGAACAACACACAUGUUCUCAAAGUAAGUUUAGACUUGAAGAGGUAUGACUAUUAUACUCUUGGGACAUAUGAUCCUAAGAAGGAGCGAUACGUACCCGACGGUCAGUCUCCGGAUGGUUGGGACGGUCUGAGAUACGACUACGGCAACUUCUACGCUUCCAAGACGUUCUUUGACUACAAAAAGAACAGAAGAAUCUUGUGGGGCUGGGCCAAUGAAUCUGACACCAUUUUCGAUGACAUGUUGAAAGGUUGGGCCGGCCUUCAAGCAAUACCAAGAACAGUCUUGCUUGAUUCCAGCAAGAAGCAACUCUUGUUUUGGCCCGUGGAAGAGAUUGAGUCACUACGAAGUGACUCAAUCGGAAUGAACAGCCUUGAAGUCAAGACGGGUCAACGGUUCGAAGUCGAAGGAAUAACUCCUGCGCAAGCCGACGUGGAAGUGACAUUUGAGAUCGGAAGUCUCGAGAAAGCUGAGACUUUCGAUCCGAGCUUCAAGUUCAAACCACUUGAGCUAUGCAUGAGGAAAGGCUCCAAUGUCACCGGCGGAGUAGGACCAUUUGGUCUGAUCACAUUGGCCACUCCGGAUUUAGAAGAAUACACGCCGGUGUUUUUUAGAGUCUUCAAAGACCCUUCGACACGCAAGCCAAAGAUUCUCAUGUGCUCCGAUGCUAGAGCUUCGUCGUUAAAGCAAGAUGAGGGUCCACGUCGAGAGGAGAAGAUGUACAAACCAUCCUUUGCGGGGUUUGUUGAUACUGAUCUACAUAAGGGAAGGAUAGCUCUAAGGAGUUUGAUUGAUCACUCGGUGGUUGAGAGCUUUGGAGCUCUUGGGAAAACAGUGAUAACGUCUAGAGUGUAUCCAGUGAAAGCAAUUAAAAAGAAUGCCCAUUUGUAUGUGUUCAACAAUGGAACACAAACUGUGACCGUAGAGAGUCUCAAUGCUUGGAGUAUGAAGAGUCCUUUGAAGAUGCAUUAA